UCUUCUUCUAACACUCCCCUAUUUAUUUCAAAACACAUUCUUUUCGUACCAUCAUUCCUUCUCAUUACAUGAUCAAAAACAUCGACUAUUUUCUCUCGUCUCUCCUCCGGGUAGACCCCACAAAUUUCGAUCGAUUGCGAUCAUCAUCAUCGUCUUAGCACCCGUUACACGCCCCAUCAUCGCCCAUCGUCGUUGUUUUAGUCAUUGUACAUUGUCUUAAUGACCGCGCGCGCCCCCGCUCGGGUACAAUGUUGUCCGAGAAUCCUUAAGGCCCCUUAUGUGGUCUUUAUAUAACACACAACAUGUGCCUAUAGAUCUACCUUGUUAGAUUCUUGUUCCCUCUUUUUUCUCUAAGUAAUAAAAAAGCAACCAACCUCGAAAAGUUGUGUCGCGGCCGGUUCUCGCACUAAUAUAGACGGCCCUUACGCGAAGAUUCCAUUCGUGUAAGAACCUUAAAAAAAGUUCGAGUCGUAGAGCAUAUCCUUCGCAUAAUCGCGCUGGGAUCCGGCGAUCGCCGUCUCCGAAAAUCGGGCGAAAUAUUUGAGAGAAAAAAAGGUGAGAAAAACUCAACUUGCUUUUCAUUUCCAUCGCCCAAAGUGCUGAAAACAGUUGGUAUCUUCUUCCUUUCGUUCUUUUCUUUUUCAGCUUUAAGAGUUUCCUUUUGUAGGAUUAUUACAUCUCAAUCUCUUUCUUGCAUCAUAGUGUGGAGUUAUUUAUGGAAAAGGACACGACAUGAUUCUAUUUAUAUUGUUAUUACAUCUACGACUUUUCAAAUAAAUAUUUCAGCUCGUAUAUCUAUUUGAUGUUGUCCUGCUCAGAUCGUCGCUCUUGUUCUGACGCAGACAACAUCAUCAAAACCUCGUCAUCGAACUCCUUCAUAAGUAGAGGAGAAACUUGGCUCGGAUCAGCUUGUUAGAUCAGUAGAUAUCCGUUUGUUGCUUAAGCUCUUUCGCCUCGACAUAUCCGAGGAAGAAUGAAGUUUAUGAAACUUGGGACACGUCCCGACACGUUCUACACCGAGGAGGCGAUAAGGACGGUGAUAUCGGAUGUCCCGAGCGAUCUUACCGUGCGGAUAAACAAUGUUAGCUAUCUUCUCCAUAAGCUGCAGUGUUUUCUUGUGCCAAAGUGUGGCCUAUUACAACGCGUUGUCGCCGCCGCCGCCGUCUCCGAUGAAUCGAGCACUGCCUCCGUUACCUCCCUCGAGCUGAACGAUAUCCCGGGAGGCGACGAGGCGUUCGAGCUCUGCGCCAAGUUCUGUUACGGGAUCACGAUCAACCUCAGCGCCCGAAACUUUGCGCCGGCGUUGUGCGCGGCGAAGUUCCUCCGGAUGACCGAGUCGAUUGAAAACGGGAACCUUAUUGUGAAGCUCGAAUCGUUCUUCGUUUCAUGCAUUCUCGAGGGGUGGAAGGAUUCCGUCGUGACGCUGCAAAAUGCCGCCGAGAGAGUGUACGAAUGGUCGGAAAAGAUUGGAGUCGUGAGGCGAUGCGUCGAGUCCAUCGUCGACAAGAUACUCACCCCUCCGUCGAAGGUUACGUGGUCUUAUACGUAUACUCGACCACGGCACGACAAUCGCCGCCGGAAAUCGGUGCCGAAGGAUUGGUGGACGGAGGACAUAUCGUUCCUCGACAUCGAUGUGUUUCGAGGCAUAGUCACCGCCGUGAAGUCGACGAACACGAUGCAGCCGCAGCUCAUUGGCGAGGCAUUGCACGUUUACGCCAUCCGUUGGCUCGUCGAUGCACCCGAUGACGGGGGGUCGACUUCGACGGAAGCGAGAAAACGAAGGAUCCUCGAGACGAUCGUGACCUUGAUCCCGGCCGAGAAAGGCUCCGUAUCGGUUAAAUUCCUACUCCGGCUUCUCAGCAUCGGCACCUCGCUCGGAGCGUCGCCGCUGAUCAAAUCCGAGCUUGUAAAGCUGUCGGGUCAGCAGCUCGACGAGGCCACCGUAAACGAACUUCUGAUCACGACGCCCUCCGGCGACGAUCAAAUUUGUUACGACGUUGAUACAUUUAAGACUGUGUUAGAGAGCUACUGGCGGCAGUGGCGACGACACGCCCCCUCGGACGAAUCCCGGGCGUUGAGAUCGCUUCACAAGGUCGGAAAACUCGUCGACGCAUACCUACAAGUCGCGGCAAAAGAUCCCGACAUUCCGGCUCACAAAAUCGCCGCCGUCAUCGAAACGCUCCCCGGCAUUGCCCGGCCGGAGCACAACGAUCUCUACAAGGCGAUCCACACGUAUCUCAAGAUGCAUCCCGAUUUAGACAAAGCCGAUAAGAAGCGGCUAUGCCGGAGCCUCGACUUACAAAAGCUAUCGCCGGAAGUACGUGCCCAUGCCGUAAGAAACGAGCAUUUGCCGCUAAGGACAGUCGUACAAGUUCUCUUCUUCGAGCAAGAGAAGAGCGGCAGCAGCGUUAUUACAGCUUCCGAAAAACAUAGAUCUUCGGACAACCACGAUCUCCAACCGGACGGCGACCAGCCGGAGAAGAGCGGCGGCGAUCGUCGGAAGCUGAUAAAGUCCGGCGGGACGGCGGAGCUGAGAGCGGAGCCGAGCUUCAAAAUAAGAGAAGCUUCGAAAGGGAAGGAAAUCAGGUGAAUUUAAGAAAUUUAUGUGUACGUAAAAUGCUACGAGAAAAAGAUUCUUAUAGAUUCUUAUUUACUAUUACAUAGAUACAUAGAGGGAAUAUUCUUAUCUGAAUCUGAUCCAUUUUCGUGAAUUUCUAUGAUGUAAAGAUUGUAUCAAGAUUCAUUAAUGUUUGGACAAGAACAUCAUCGAAGAUUAUUAAUACUGUCGAAGAAGAUGAUAUACAAUUCUUGGCAUUCAAAUAACUUGUAUUC